CACACAGACAGGCUAGUGCAUAACACUCCGCCUGUUCUUGGCAGCCAACCUUGCGCUCGAGCGUGAGCAUGACGGCCACUCUCUAGGCUUGCGUCAACUUCUAUAUUCAAUUCCCAUUAGUCUGGUAAUUGCUGUGUUUGUGAACAUAUAUUGAAGAUUCGUAUUGAAGAUUGUUGAUACUGAGGUAUUUCCCGUAUUUCCCAUCCAGAGGGAGCCUACAGUCUCUGAACUGUCCAAUGAAAAUAGAGUUUGCAGCUAGCCAAUGAAAGCAAGACUUUCUUAGAUCAGGUGCUUUCGGUCACGUGACCACGAGUCACGAGUUCAGCGACAAAAAACUACAGCGGGCGAGGUCUAAACCGGCAGGGAGAUCGCCAUAGUUUGACAGUGGUUGAGAACUCAUCAUCUUGAUUACAAGUCUUCGCAUUGCACAUAGACAACUAACUAAAUUCAUCUCAUCAUGUCUGGUGAAUCAGCUUUAACGGAAUUAAAUCCAAUCUAUGGCCCCUUUUUCGGUGUAAUGGGAGCAGCAUCUGCGAUGAUUUUCAGCGCCUUUGGUGCUGCAUAUGGAACUGCGAAAUCAGGAGUUGGUAUUGCUGCCAUGUCAGUUAUGAGGCCAGAAUUGAUCAUGAAAUCAAUCAUUCCUGUGGUCAUGGCUGGUAUUAUUGCAAUCUACGGACUUGUAGUUGCUGUACUUAUUGCAAGUAAAUUGGGAGACCCGUCGCAGUACUCAGCCUACAAUGGUUUCAUUCAUCUUGGUGCUGGGCUUGCAGUAGGAUUUUCAGGACUUGCAGCUGGUUUUGCAGUUGGAAUUGUUGGUGAUGCUGGUGUUCGUGGCACAGCACAACAGCCCCGUUUGUUUGUAGGAAUGAUUCUUAUUCUUAUUUUUGCUGAAGUCUUGGGUCUGUAUGGCUUGAUUGUAGCCAUCUACCUGUACUCCAAGUAAAUGCCAUGGGUAAACAUCUCUCCUAUUGUCAUUCACAAAGCCCAUUAAUCCUUUGCCAACAUUUAGAUAAGUUGUUGAUUGGAUACAUCCUUAGUUUAGGUUUUACCCACACUUCAAGUUGCUGUCUGCAUUGGUGUCUAAAAAUAAGAGGAACAUUCAAAUAUAUAAACCAACACCUGUCAUUCCAAGAUUAUCUUGGUGUUGGCAUGGCAUCAGCAGUGUGAAGUCAUUUUUUUUUUAGCCAGGAUAUUCUUUCUGUUGGGUAACCAUUGUAAUCUGCAAUUGUUACACUCUUGUUCAUUGGUUUUAACUAGAACUUCUAAUUUCCUUAAUUCCAAUUCUUUUUCCUCUUCCAGUGUCAUUUCUCUGUCUAAAUGUAAUAAAUACUAAGUUCGUUUGAGA